AUGGAGAAUUCCCUUGGGCUAACUGAGCAUCAUAAGUAUCAAAUUCUCGAGCUCCUCCGUUACUCGAGAUACAAGCGGAAAGAGAAGGUUAUCGGAAUCGAGCUCGCUUUUCAAGAUUUUGUGGAUACACGAGUGAUGGAAGAAGACACUUUCACCCAGGACGAGGUGCGAGACCUGGUCAACGAACUGCAGCGAAGCAUCGUCGACGAAGUAGAAUCAGAGUUAAUCAACUCAUGCGAUGUCUCCGCACUCCUGCUGCGCCAGGUCAUGCAGCAAGCCGACAAAUGGAAACUCAAACUCUCCUGCGAUGUAAAACAGGUCGAAAACCUGGAGCUACUGAGUCUCAUCCGCGAGUUCGAGCAAAACGAGAGUGGAACAAAAACCUCUCCAUCGAAAAUGAGCCUCGAGAAUCAAAAUCUCAAAGAGAAAAACGCAAAUUUAGAAGAGCGUCUCUCUUCCACUAUUUCCGAGAAGACGAAAGCGCAGAGCUCGCUGAAUUCGGUGAAAAACGCAGAUAGCGGUGACUUGGAGAAAAUGAAAAACGAGCUGUUGGUCGUAAAGAAUGAUUUACUCGCCAAAGAAAAAGAACUCGACGCGAAAUUUAGAGAAACAUCAGUCUACAAAAACAUGAAAGUCUUGCUGGACAAGAAGAACGUCCAGAUCAAGGAGCUCCGCGCGAAAGUGCCCGACAACGAAGACGAUUACCUCAAAGAGUGA